AUGAAAGAGAUUGUCGGCAAUAAAGACGAUCCAGUUGCUAGACUUUGUCCUUUAGGAUGGACGGCGGUAGGUAAAAUAGAGCAACGAAGUAAUGUUGGGCAUCAUCACAUUGGAUUUAGUCAUACUUUCCGAAUCCACGUAGAGGAGGCAACGACAAAUGAUGUUCCAAAUGAAUGCUCAGACCUGAAUUCCACCCUCAAACGUUUUUGGGACCUUGAAAGUGUCGUAAUAACUCCCACCAGAGAAUCACUAAUGACGCCCGAAGAGAAGUUAGCAUGGGGAAAGGUGAGCCAGUCAAUGAAAUUUGAUGGUAAGCACUACGAGGUUGCGGUGCCUUGGAAGGAAAACCGUCCUAACCUUCCCACCAAUCUACCAAUGGCCAAGCAGAGAUUGUUGUCCACGGAGAAAAAGCUGUUGAAAAAUAAAGAAGUAGCCCUGGCCUACCAACAAGUAUUGAAUGGAUAUCUUGAAAAACAGUACAUUCGUCGAGUACCGAAAGAUGAAGAAAAGCCUCAGCAGGAAUGGCUUCUUCCCCAUUUUCCCGUAGUACGGCCUGAGAGAGCAAGUACCAAAGUAAGAAUAGUUUUCGAUGGUUAGCACCUUAUGAAGGCAAGAGUCUCAACACCGAAGCGUUACCUGGUCCUAAGUUACAAAGUAAUGUUUUCGAUAUCUUAGUCAAAUUUAGAAAAGAAACUGUGGCACUUGCUGGUGAUAUAAGUCAGAUGUACCAUCAACUAGUUUUGCGCGAAGAAGAUCGACCAUUACAUCGAUUUCUAUGGAGGGACUUAGAUCUAUCCAAAAAGCCAGAAGUAUAUGAAUUCCUGAGAUUUGUUUUCGGAGGAUGUUACUGCCCUUUUUGUGCACAAUAUACCUGGCAGAAACACGCUCAAAAUCACAAAGAAGAGUAUCCCUUGGCAGCAAACGCGGUUGAAAAACACUGUUAUAUGGAUGAUGUAAUGCCUUCUGUAGAUUCUGUCGAAACUGCGAAACGGUGACAAAGCUGGUUUCCACGUAUGUAAAUGGGUGUCCAAUCGUAAGGAAGUCUUGGAAGAUAUUCCCGCCAAAGAUUGUUCGUCCAAUGUUAGUUUAGAGAAGAAUGAACUGCCAACAACGAAAACUUUAGGCAUUCGAUGGGACGCAGGAGACGACGAGUUUCUGUUUGACUACUCCUCCCUAACUGAUGAUUUCCACUACACAAAACGAAAUGUACUGAAGAAAACGGCUUCACUAUUUGACCCACUUGGUUUUCUCUCGCCUUUUAUUAUUAAAGCAAAGCUCUACCUGCAACAAGCCUGGUUGGAAGCCCUAGAUUGGGAUGAUGAAUUACCUUACAAACUUAAAAACCAAUGGAAAAACUGGUUUAACGAAUUGCACCUUCUUCAAGAGAUCAAGAUACCACGGUGUUUAAAGAAUAGUAAUCUAGUAACCAGCGUUACACUACACAGUUUUUCGGAUGCAUCAGAGAAAGAAUACGCGGCAGUGGUUUACGCGAGAUACGAGUAUGAAGAUAAAUCCGUUACGACACAGUUGAUAGCCUCGAAGACAAGACUGUCACCACUAAAAGCUAUAAGUAUACCACGACUAGAACUAAUGGGGGCGCUGAUUGGAGUUCGCUUAACCAAACAAGUCUCUACAGCUUUAGAAAUUCCUGUGAAAGAUGCAACCUUUUGGGUGGAUAGCAUGAACGUGCUCCACUGGAUACACGGACGAAGUCGAGAUUAUAAGCCCUUCGUUGCACAUCGAGUUGGAGAGAUUGCAGAUUAUGGUUCGCGAGGAAUGAAUGUCAGCGAGAUGAAAAACAAUCAGCAGUGCUGGUUUGGCCCGGAAUUUCUGAAGAAAUCUAAAGAUGCAUGGCCUGAAGAAAAGAUCGAAAUAGAACUUAACUCAGUAACGUGUAAAGAGUUGAAAGUUGAAGCACGAAAACAAGAGAGAGUGCGUCUAAAAAUGACCAGUCCUUAA